AACAGCGGGCUCAACACUUACUCCACACAUUCGAAAAACAACAACCCAACAUCGUGACGGGAAAAUGACUGCAAAUUACAAUCUUACGUAGCUUCACUCCAUCUAAACUUCAUUAUGAGUUCUUCAAAGAAUGGUCUUAUCGUUCCAGCCACCAUAAAUAAGAGAGUGGGCUUUCUCUUGAGCCCAAAGAAGAAGCGAAAGACAAUCUUUGACGCGUUCGCCCAACUUUGUGGAAAAACGGGGAUCGAGUUGGUGGAGAUUGAUCUAAAUGUACCACUAGAGGAGCAAGGUCCGUUUGAUAUUAUCAUUCAGAAGAUUACUGACUAUAUGGCUGAAGCUACAGAAGGGGAUGAGGCAUCUGAGAAAACUGUACAGAGUUUAAAAGUUUAUUUGCAAGCCCACCCCCAGGUCAAGGUUCUAGAUCCCUUGGACUCAGUAGAGAAACUAUGUGAUCGCGUCAUCAGCUACAAAGUGAUGAAACAGUGUGAGAUUCAAGAUAAUGGGUGGAAAGCAUAUAUUCCCAAUUUUGUAGCUAUUGACUCAUUAGACCAAAAAGAAAACCUCAGAAGAAUAAAGGAAGCAAACGUUGAAUUUCCAAUGGUAUGUAAAUCCGUUAUUGGACAUGGAUCAGAAGUGUCACAUCAGAUGGCACUUAUUUUCAACCAAGAGGGAUUACAAGACCUAAAUCCUCCAUGUGUGGUUCAGCAGUUCAUAAACCACAAUGCUGUUCUCUACAAGAUAUUUGUGGCAGCCCAUAAGUACUGUACGGUUGUGAGGCCAUCUAUCAAGAACUUCUACAGAAGUCAAAAUUUGGAUCUGAAAAAGACAAUAUUUUUCAACAGCCAUGAUGUUUCAAAGUCGGAUUCAGACUCACAUCUAAGUGUGCUUGACAAAUUUGACGAGGAUGAAGACCCAACCCCUACAGACAAUAUUCUUGUGGGGAAACUUGUCAAGAGACUUCGGGAUAAAUUGAAUUUAACAAUGUUUGGUAUUGACAUUGUUGUGGAAAAAGGGACUAAGAAUCAUGUGGUCAUCGAUAUCAACUAUUUUCCAGGGUAUGAAGGGAUGCCGUCAUUUCCAAAAGACAUGCUCCAGUACAUUCACCUGCUGUUAGGGGAAGGAGAAGAAGAAGUUGGUCUGCUAGACAUUGGUCCACCCACAAUUCCAGUUAUUAGUUGACUUUCACCUUAGUCACCCUUCCAGCACACAAAUAAACCAUUUAAUAGGUAUUUAUAAGCUUGGUUCUCACCAUGGACACCACAAGUUCAAACAAAUAAGAACUGGUCAAGUGCAAGGUCAAGAAAUCCAAGCAUCUUCUUGCACUUGCACUUUCCUUUUUGAGUGUGUGAACCAACCUUAAUUAAGAUAUCCCAUCGAUUCCGUUUGACAUUUUGCAUACUUCAAGACCUAACAACAUGGGCUUGCAACUGGAGCAUUACAGAGCUGGGUUCAAAAUCUCAAAUGAUAAACAUACAGUAAUAGGAGCAAUCAUAUGUACCAUUUUGAAAACUACCCAGAAGUCUAGGACCAAGCUUGGUAAAGUCAUAAUUGCCCGCUUUUACAAUUAAGUAGAUGACAUCAUAAUGUGCUUGUUUUGUUAUGUCAAUCUCACUAGUGCUCUAAAAGUUUUCAGUCAUGGCUUGCUUAUCAAUUUGGUAUUUUGUUUCCUUCACCUGUGUUGUAAGUGGCCAUAUUAGAACAUAAACCAUAUUAGUUUGAUGGCCCUUUCCAGUCUUGUCAAAAAGUUUAGUAAACUCUAGCCAAUCAGUAGGGAAGCAACUUAAAUUGCUGUGUAGAGUACUGUGGUGUAUAAACGUGCCACAGGAUGCCCGGGCAUACUCAAAGUGUAAAGAAGAAGAGGUCUCUCAUGAUUUGCAUGCACAUUUUAUUGCUGUUAUUAUCCUAGGACUUCUAACUUAUGUAGAUUAGUUGAGAUGUAUUAUUUUAAAGCAAGGGGAAGGGGGGGACUAUUUUCAAGAAAAAGAAAACUUAUAAAGAAAAAAUCGAUCUAAUUAUGGAAGAGCAUUUUAUGGCUUUUGAAAGGAAGGAAAAAUUACAUUAAACAUUCGCGAUAAAAAGCAAAAAUAAUUUUAAAUUCCCAUCGUUGAAAUUUUCCUCCUAAAUGCCACUCGUCAUCCACUCAUUUUUCGUAAAUUACUAAUAUGCUUGUUUAAUGCAGAUUUAGUGGCAGAAAAUUUAAAUAAUCUGCAAACACUGCGUUUCUUAAAAGGGUAGCUUUUGACUUCUUCUCCAAAUCAACGGAUCUAUUCAUUCGGAGUAUGCCAGUACCCUUUAUUGACGGUAAAAAAAGGUUCUGAUUUCGAAUGAGUUGAACGACUCAUAUUGCACGAUUAACAAAUAAAUUUGUCCGUUUUCAUCCACAAACAUACGCAUGGUAACUGUGGUUAAUUGGAUGGGAGUUAGAGCCAUUAACAUGUAUGUUUAGAAUAACAGCCUUGGAGAUAUCCUGACUACCAAUUCGGACGAAAUACAGAUUUAAAGAAAAACAGAGUCAUGUACAGUGCGUGAACAAUAAAUAAAUUUGUAUAACAUAA